GUCGGCUCCAUAGAAUGCCAUACUUAUGGGCAGUCUAGUUGGCUUUUCGGCGUUUAAUGGGAAAUUACGAAGCAAUUGUUGGAGGCGAUUAUCGAAAUUGUACCGAAUAGAGGAGCUCACUGGCCGCGCACAUUGAAGUCCAGAAUCCAGAGAUCAUGUCCAGCUGCGGGCAGUUCAAUCCGUUCUACAUUGGACCCUAUCCGGAGCGUGCGUGCGGCGAUUGUCCGUAUGGCCAGUAUUCGGGCUUCACCAGAUGCGGAUGGAGUGGCGGUAACGGGCCCUUUGGCACCACCUUCUGUGACUCCCGCUACGGCGGAGGAGGAGGCCAAGGCUGUGGAGGAGGGAGAAGUGGUUGUGGAGGGAGAGGUGGUUGUGGAGGCAGAGGCAGAGGUGCUUGUGCGCCAUCUUGUGGUCCUCGUGGCGGAUCGUGGUCCUGUGGUCCCCGGCCGUGUUCCCCGUGCUAUCAGUUUCCGUACGGAGCGGACAGCUGCAUGAUGUGCUCCAGUGGAUUUGGCUGCUGUGGCCAAUCCUGUCGCGCAUCCUGCUACUCCUGCUGCUGAGUGUGCACGUCUCGUGGACUCUGGACUUCACUGUGUGCGGUUAAUUGGUUUCUUGAGCU